AUGUCGAAACAACACCAACAACAACGUGCUAGCAUCCCAUCUCCUGUGAAUGCCUUUCAUGGAGAGCUGCCUUUCACCUUGAAAGAUAUCAAACAAGCCAUUCCAAAACAUUGCUUUGAAAGACCACUGUUAAAGAGUCUUCUUCAUUUAUUUUCUGAUUUAGUUCAAAUUGUGGUUUAUACCGUUGCAUACUAUUACUUUUCACAAGUGGUUAGUGAUGUGUGGAAUUUUCACCACGAUAAUGUUCAUUCACAUCAAUUAAUUACAUUGUCUCAAAUUGUUUACUAUAGCAUUCAAACUGUGUUGUUUUUGAGUUAUGUCUUUAUUCAGGGAACCACUUUCACUGGUUUAUGGGUGCUACAACACGAAUGUGGACAUUAUGCUUUUUCCGAUUCUGCGUUAGUUUGUGAUAUUGUCGGAUUUGUUGUAGGAAGCGCCUUGUUGGUGCCAUAUUUUGCGUGGCAGAAAUCUCAUGCCAUUCAUCAUGCCAAUACCAAUCAUAUGGAAAGAGACCAAACCUGGGUGCCACAAACGAUUCAAGAAGUACCAUUUGAAUCUGUUGAAGCCAAGACCAGAGGCCCCACCACACCAAAACAUGCCACUACUCAAUCCGAUUUCAGAACCUUUAUUGACAUUUUGGUCAUGACUACCGUUGGGUGGCCACUUCAUCUUCUCUUCAAUGUGUCUGGACCUAUCAAGGAAAAUGUUGUUGCUUACUAUGUGAAAGGAAAACGAUAUGAACCCACUCAUUUAAAGGAAUGUGACAAUACUGACAAGGCAAUGACGAUCGAUGUGGCUAAUGAUUCUGUUGCUUCCAAUGACAUCAGCGAAUACAACCCUACCAACAAGAAGAAUCCGGUCACUUUUACUUCUCACUAUAUUCCAUCCUCUCCCAUUUUCACCAAAAAGGAGGCAAUCAAAAUCCACUUGUCCAAUUUUGGAGUUCUCGGCAUGCUUUGUCUGCUCUACAAAUUGUUUAUAAUUUACGGAUGGCAAAUCAUGAUGACUGUCUAUGUCCUUCCUCUCUGUGUGAACUUUUUCUUUCUCACUUCCAUUACCUUUUUACAACAUGUAGAUGAUUCCAUUCCACAUAUGGAUGAAGAUGAAUGGACUUGGCUGAAAGGAGCGCUUUGUACAGUGGACAGACAUAUGGGAUCUUCAUUCAUCGAUUCAAAAUUGCACCACAUUCAUGAUACUCACGUGUGCCAUCAUCUCUUCUCUAAAAUUCCAUUCUAUCAUGCAAAGGAAGCCACUGAGGCCAUCAAAAAAGUAGUGGGAACGUUUUACAGAGAAGAGACUGAAAAGACGUUCAUUGUUUCAUUGUGGGAAAAUUUGAAGAAUUGCAUUGUAUUGAAGAGAGAUGAAAAGUAUCCUGGAUUGUUGUGGUGGGAUCAUUAA